AUGGGCGCUCCGGCGGCGCCGCGGCCCCGCGGCCUCGCGCCUGCUGCCUGCUGCCUGGCGGCCUGCCUGCUCCCUCGCGCCGGGGCCCUGCCGGAGGCGGUCGUCCAGGGCUCGCCGCUGCGGGCCCUGGCGCAGCCGCACGCCGAGCUGGACCUCACCCGGCCCCCGGGCGUGGUGUACCCGCAGCGGUACCCCCCGAGGGACGACCCGCGGGAGCGGCCGCUGGCGGAGGCUCAAAAGAGUCGCGUCAACCAGGCCACCGGUGUGCACAAGGUGCAGCACGUUGCGCUGCUGAACAAGCCAGGGCUGUGGGCGAUCAUGGCCGCCAUCAUCAUUUGCAUCGGUUCGUCCGUCAUCAGGACGAUGGAGUUUAUCGAGGCCAGCGCGGAUCCCGAGCAGUGCUCGGUCCCUGGCUCCCUCUCCAAGGACUCCCUGGCGGGCGCCGACGAGGGCAGGGGCAAGGGCAGACAGAUCUUAGGCCUCACUCCGCAGAGCUUCCUCCGCCUGAUAGUCUCGAUCGUUGGGCUGAAUUUCGCGAUGCUGUUCUGGGGCAUCGCUCAGGAGUACAUGAUGACCACCGUGUACGAGGACAGCCUGGGCAACGAGGAGAAGAUGCCCAGCGCCCUGUGCCUGGUGCUCUUCAACAGGCUGUGCACCAUGGCGCUGGCUGGGAGCCUGCUCUGGGUCGAGAGGGGGCGCGCCGCUGUCCUGGAGCCGGUGAGCUGGAUCGCCGCAAUGCCCUCGGCCACCAACCUCCUGGCGUCCUGGUGCCAGUACCAGAGCCUCGCGUACGUCUCCUUCCCGCUGCAGACCGCGGCGAAGUCGGCGAAGCUUCUGCCGGUCAUCGUGAUCAGCACCCUCCGGGGCAAGCGGCACACCAUCCUGGACUACGCCGAGGGCCUGGUGAUCGUGUCGGCGCUCGUGGUGUUCGGCUUCGAGCUCGACGGCGGGAGCGAGUCGGUGGAGGUGUCCGGGAAGGGCCUGGGGGUGCUGUUCUUGUGCGGGCUGCUCUGCUUCGACUCGAUCACCCCGCACUUCCAGGACCACCGACUACAUGUUUCAGAAGCACCCGGAGAUGAGCUUGAUUCAGGCAACUUUCUUCAUGGCGAUGUCUGCCACUGGGAUAUGCUUCGCGAUACUCGUCGGCAACGGCCAGCUCGCGGCGUCGCUCAGCUUCUUCUACAGGCAUCCAGACGCUAUCCUGCAUCUGGUCGUUCUUUCCCUGUGCUCCAGCAUGACUCAAUUCAUGAUUACCUUCACUAUAAAACACUUCGGCCCCGUCGUCUUUAUUCUGAUUACCACGACGAGGCAGCUCAUCUCCGUGUGCGUGUCCGCUGUUCUUUUCAUGCACCAUAUCACCACUCUGGCGUGGCUCUCCGCGUUGGUGGUGUUCCUGACGGUAAUCGGCAGAGCGUUGCGGAAACCCACUACCGCGGGCACCAGGGCAGCGCCAGGGAUGCAGCCAGAUGCGGUGCCCGAAGUCGUUUACGCAGCUGGCCCUCCAACGAGGCAGCAGUCCCUGGUCGAUCUGCUCGCCAAUAA